CCUGCCCUAGUAACACUUUUGUCUGUCUCAAUGGGGAGUGUGUAACGAAGCGCAAUCCGGAGUGUGAUUCGAUUAAUGACUGUGCUGAUGGUUCUGAUGAAUUUGAUUGCUCCUGUGGUACCCGUCCUGCCAUGGGCAGUCGUGUGGUUGGGGGUGAGGACGCUCGCCAUGGGGAGCUGCCCUGGCAGGUCAGUCUUCGGUUACACGGCCGUCACACCUGCGGGGCUUCCAUCAUCAACAGCCGCUGGCUCGUCAGUGCGGCCCACUGUUUUGAGAGGGAAAAUGACCCCAGGGUCUGGACAGCGUUGAUAGGGGCCAACCUGGUGAGUGGAGAGGAGACCGAGGCUAGCGUGGUGAACAUCAAGUCCCUGAUUGUGUCUCCAGAUUACAAUCCCAUGACCACCGACAACGACGUGACCGUGCUGGAACUGGAGGACCCCAUAUCCUUCGACCAGUAUGUCCAGCCGGUCUGUCUGCCCUCCCCAGCACAUGUCUUCAGCCCUGGGAAAAAAUGUCUGGUGUCUGGCUGGGGUGCUCUUCACCAGUUCAACAGUGAGAUACCUCCUGUGCUUCAGAAGGCCGUGGUGAAAAUCAUCGAUUCCAGGACGUGCAAUAAAUCAUCUGUAUACCAAGGAACUAUCACACACAACAUGAUGUGUGCUGGCUUUUUGCAAGGAAAAGUAGACUCCUGCCAAGGUGACUCUGGAGGACCCCUGGUGUGUGAGGAAUCUCCAGGGCGGUUCUUCCUGGCUGGUGUGGUGAGCUGGGGCGUGGGCUGUGCUCAGAUCAACAAGCCGGGGGUUUACUCACGCGUCACCAAGCUACGCAACUGGAUCCUCCACUACACCAACCCAGGCCAAGUCCAGAUGGCACCAGCUCUGCCAAAUGCUACACAUGUGCUUGACUACAUGCCAAAAACACCAACAUCACCUCUCGUUGUGACAGGAACCAAUUGUACUGGUGCCUUCAGCUGCGGGUCUGGAAGAUGUGUUGCAAAAAUAAAUCCUGAGUGUGACAGCAUCCCGGACUGCCCAAAUGAAUCAGAUGAAAGGCAUUGUGACUGUGGGCAGCGGCCUGCAGAACCUCAGGAGAGGGCAGUGGGUGCACGGGCAGCCCAGCGAGGAGAGUGGCCGUGGGUGGCCAGUCUACAGUACCAGCGCGCCCAUCGCUGUGGAGCCACGCUCAUUCACAGCAAAUGGCUUCUGACCGCAGCGCAGUGCUUCAACAGGGAUUUGAGCCCAAAUGGCUGGUCUGUGAGCCUGGGCUCUGUGUUUCCGGUUGGACUGGGGGCCUUAGUAAUACCAGUGCAGAGGAUCAUCGUCCACCCUGGCUUCAACAGCACCAGUAAGGACUUUGAUGUGGCUCUUGUGCAGCUGUCCAUCCCAGCACCGAGAUCCUACACCAUACAGCCUGUGUGCCUGCCGUCAUCUUCCCAUGUCUUCAAUGAGAACACAGAAUGCUACAUCACUGGGUGGGGACCAGUGCGUAAUAAAGGCAAACAAGGCAAUCUGUUGCAGAAAGCCAGAGUCAACAUUCUGAACCAGACAGAGUGCCAGGGGUCCAAUGCUGAAGAUCUGUCAGCAAGAAUGAUGUGUGUUGUCUCCAUGGAUGGUGACACAGAUAUGUGUCUGGGAGGCCGUGGGGGUCCCCUUACAUGCCGGGAGCAUCACGGUCGCUGGUUUGCGGCAGGGGUGGCCAACUGGGGCAAGAACUGUCGAGAGAACGGCCUCCCAAGUGUUUACAUUCGUGUUACAUCCAUCAGGCAAUGGAUAUCAAAAUACCUUCCAUUCUAAGGAUGCAUGGGGAAAAUACACUACAGGACUACAAACUGCCAUUAUACUGUGAGAAUUUCUUAUUUGGCUCAUUCACUGAAUUUGUUCAGACGUCUGUGAAUUAAAUGGGUUUUUUUGCCUGGUUGUAAUGCAGUCACAGAGCAUCUACUAUACAUACAAGCAUCAAGCAUCUCUUAUUUAUUACCUCCAUAAUGUAUAAAGUGAGUUGUUUGAAACGUUAUUCAUUCUGAAUAUGAAGCAUCUGUAUCAACAUAACAUCAGUUUUGGUACUUGGGAUGCGGAAACCUUAGGGAUUUUUGUGGUGCUCUCAUAUUAUAAUUACCAUCACUGUCUGUAUUUGAUUAUUCAAAAUUAGAAUGUUUGUAAUGAAAAUGUUAUUUAUUAAACUAUGGC